ACGGCAUUGCUUACCUCUCAAUAUGUGACGGAGACAACCGCUACAACAGUGAUCGUCUCACCAACUCUCAUCAGCAGUGAUGUGACCAUCACUGUAACCUCACACCUUGCCUCAACAGUCUUUGCAACCUUCGGUCAAACUGUGACGAUCCAUAGACCCUCCUCAUUUGCUGUCUCUACAGCCGUCGCACCAACAACAAAAUACACACCGUCGCCCAUUACUGCAACAGACGCAACGAUCACGCAGACCGGGACAUCCACUUUCGUCAUCACCGAGCUGGAUAUCUACCUUCAGAACACAGUCGGGAGCGUCUACUCCACCUGGAUUCUUCCAGUUAGCCCGUCUGUACCUCCGAACCCGACCGUAACACAGCCAUUCGUCUAUGUGGUGGAACCCUUGGCCGAAGAUAGCGGCUGGGAUGCAUGGAGCACAGGAGAGAGAGCAGGCAUGAUUGUUGGCACCAUCCUUGGUGCGUGUCUGCUAUUCGGAAUGAUAUGGUAUUACUGUCGGAAGCCAUGGAAGGGAAAUUGGUGGCUAGCGCAUGGGCAGCCCACGGGAGUAACGUCAGUGGUUGGCACGCCAGGACCGAGUUUCGUGCAGCCGACAUACGUUAAUGGCGCCACCGUACCGUAUGCAUAUCAAAAUGCAUAUGGAUAUGGA